AACAUAGAAACUGUUGUCACAUGGUAAAAGUGAGCAUUUCCAGUUAGUUACUUCCGGAAACAUGGAGGCUGUUGUCAGUGAAUUGGUAGCUCCCGAAGACCUUUUGAUAUUUGAGAAGAAGUACAACUCUGAAUUGGUAAAGGGGGGCGUAUCGAAGGAGACCAAGUUUGAAUAUGCAUGGUGUCUGACCCGGAGCAAGUAUUCAGGCGACAUCAAGAAAGGAAUCGUAUUGCUGGAAGAGCUGGUUAACAAGGGAUCAAAGGACGAUGCCAGAGACUUCCUGUUCUACCUAGCUGUGGCCAACUACAGGCUUAAGGAUUAUGAGAAAGCUCUGAAGUACAUCCGCACUCUCCUGAAAAAUGAGCCUGGGAACAAGCAAGCCUUGGAGCUGGAAAAGCUCAUAGACAAGGCUCUAAAAAAAGAUGGCUUGGUCGGCAUGGCGAUCGUCGGGGGAAUCGGCCUGGGCGUGGCCGGACUAGCAGGCCUCAUCGGAUUGGCUGUGUCUAAGGGUCAUGGUCCGAGGUCCUAAUAUGAAGUGUGGAGGGCCUUCACUUUACUAACACACGUCAAAGAAAGACUGACGACAUGCAUUCUCUUAACUUCUCCCCAUAACAAAUUCAACUAAGGUUGGAAAUGGAUGGUGUUUCCAAAGAUCAGAAGAUCACCCGAUGAUCUUCCAAAAACAUCCUACUCACAUUGUCCAUGGAAUAAUGUUUGGGGAUUGGUUUCUGAAAAUAGCCUUAAUUUCACUUAAAUUGUCUUUGUAUUUUAACAGGUGUUUUGAUUCCAGUAUGUAUGUACAGAAGUAUAUUGUGCCACAUUUUGUCUUCCAUAUUAUACAGUGUAAAUAAGGGUGAUGAAAUAUGUAGCUGAAUGGAAUGGCAUUUCUUGACUUACUGCCCUCAGUAUGUUAGUUAGCAUGCUUCCUGAGCAUAUAAUUAUGGUGGAUUUUGUAAUCGACUUUAUAAGUGCAAUGAUACUUCAAUUAUUAUUGUUCUCUGCAUCAUUCAUUUAGAAAGAAAGCAUUGUAGUUUAGGGAAGUGUCUUAGUUUUAGAGCUAAGUGUACUUGUGUUGUGAUGUAGUGUCCACGCCGGUAGCAGUGACUCUAUUGUUGGUCAGAAUUAGGCAGCUGUGAUGUGGGUCACUCAUCUAAUGCCCACAGGGGGCAUCCUGUCUUAGGGAUGCAAGUUGAUGUUUACUGCGAUGAGUCUUGUCCUGGAGGCAGAACUGAGCAAUUUACGCUAGAUCGGCCAGCUGCAAAGUCAAAAUUGUCUACAUUGUGAAAAUAACGAUAACAAAGAAUAGGUUUUUGGUCUUAAUUUAAGGUUUGCAGUGUGGUUAUGUUUAAAAUCUGAUGUUAUUACUUGGCUGUGCCAGCUGGUGACCACUCUGCAGAGCUGCCUCAAGAAUAAGAUUAAUGACAAAAAAUCACUAACCUGCCUUAGGGAUAGGGUCAAGAUAAAUACCCAACUCGUUUGUCUUUCAUUUGCAGUGUACAUGUAAUAAUAACAGUAUUUAUCCACAAUAUAGCACCAUUUACUCAAGGGAUCGUAAUAACAGGAUACUAACAUGAUUAUGAUUGUUUUGUAUCUGGUGUAAUAUAAUACAUCAAAAUUCCAAGACUUAUCAACUUUUGAUUGUCAAGGAAUUAAUUUAAAGUUGGUAUGGUUUCUUAAUGUACACAUUUGGAAUGCACUGUUGGAGAUCGGAUACAUCAUUGUCAUCAUAAUCCUUGCAGAUGUUCAGUGUUAACCAACCACACGUUUGGGUCACUGCAUGCUUUGUUGUGUUUUGAAUUGUUAUAAAUGAUCAACAGGUUGGAAGGAAAUGAAUAAAGGGCAGAGCUAGUAUACACGCACAA